CUUCAUCUCAUUUCACAUAACAAAUAAGUCUUCAAUUCUGCAUUUUCCCCCAAAUUCUCAGUAGCACAACAGCAAAACCCAAUUUCUCACAAAAAAUUGCAAGAAAUGGGAGGAUUGAACGUAGAGAAUUCUUCAAAUGAAUCACACUGCCACACUCACAAGGUUUUCCUCUUAUGCAAUUACAUUCUCUUAGGUGCAGCUUCCAGUUGCAUUUUCUUGACACUUUCCCUCCGGCUGAUCCCUUCUCUCUGCGGCUUCUUCUUGAUCCUCCUCCACGUCACCACCAUUAUCGGUGCCAUUGCCGGCUGCGCCGCUGCCUCAGCUGCCCGAGGUGCCCGGAAGUGGUAUGGAGCCCACAUGGUAGCCACAGUGCUUACAGCAAUAUUUCAAGGCUCUGUUUCUGUGCUUAUCUACACAAGGCCUAAAGAUUUUCUUGGAAAUCUCAAAUCCUAUGUGAGGGAAGAAGAUGGUGUGACGAUAUUGAAAUUGGCUGGUGGGUUGUGUAUAUUGAUAUUCUGCCUAGAAUGGGUUGUUCUUACACUUGCAUUCUUCUUGAAUUACUAUGCUUAUGUGCAAAAUGAUGGAGUCAAUUCUCGGGCAAUGAAGAAUUCUAAGGUUCAAGAAGAGGAGGACUUGAAGAAUUGGCCAUGGCCUUUCCAAGUUUGAUAUUAUUAUGUAAUAUAGAUAAUGAAGGAUUAUCGCUUGAUAUAUCAUUGUUUGACUAGUUUAUUUGUUUUUGGUUUCUCCAAUUUGGAUGCGGAUUUCUUAUAUAUAUUUAUAAAUAUGUAUUUGUUUCUCUAUUAA